AGAACUUUACGGAGUCAUAUGAAUGCCUAGGGCAUCAUUGCCAGGAGAAUCGGAUUGAUUGUUUCAUGUGCGUUUCUCUUUCAAUCAGUAUGAUUGAAACUCGAUCCGUAGUUUCCUGGAGGCUGGAGCAUUCGUGUGUGGUGUAACGCUAGCGAGAAAAAAUGAAACGAAUUCUUCUGCAUCUGCUCAGAGUUCCGCCUGAAUGCCGGAGAAUUCACACCACGACUGUAGCUCAGUGACGUCGUCGAGUGGAACACAAGCUACUGUACAGUAUUGCACUGGAUUGCACUUACGACUCAGUAGUAUACGUUAGUCAAAGUUUUGGUUGGUGAAGAUAACGUUCGUGAAGUAGUUGCGAUGGUGAUGUACGAUAUAAACAGCACGAGUGCCAGGCAGGCUUCGAAGCUGGAUCGAUCUGUAACAAAGUCUGUUUACUGUACAGCACGCACGGGCGAAUGGAUAACUGAAUUCCACCGGAAUCAACAGAUGUCAUACAUGAUUACGGUUCAUGACGAUUUCCAACUCGACAGUUUGCAAAAAGAUAGGGCUCGCUCUGGUGGAUGACGUCGAUUUUUGUACUGCAAGUUGGAGCUUGUGCAUAUGUCCUCAGACGCAUUUCCAUGAUCGAUAGACCAGGCCGUUAAAAUAAUGAAUUAUCCUCCUGCGUACUCUACCAAGUCGAACGAAGUUCGUUUGGUUUGUUAUCAUAACAUGCCUAGUCAAAGGUUGGGGUCACAUUAGUGUCCAGACUAUCAUUUCUGUACUGUAGGUACAGUACUCGUAAUCCGUUACGCAGAAGACAGUAGAAUCUCGUGAUCUGCUACAGAUGAGUGCAACCUCAUUUGUUUUAUCUCAGCUCAUCUUGUCAUGGCAUGGAAGACAGCCUCAAACGUCCCAGGACAACGACACUUGUUGUAAGUCGUUCUCGCCACAAGUGUGUUCGCCAUCAUCACCUCGUUCGAAGUUAGCGAUAAAUAUCUCGAUUGGGUACAGUACUGAACAUUCUUAUCGAAGAGCAUGCUUUUGGAGUACGGUAUGAUUUACUGGCACCAUCUUCGAGCUACUUUCCCAGUUUCAUUCCUUAUUUUAGUAAGUGCACCACGAGGUUCGAGAGAGAUGCCAAUUGUUAUAUCACAUGUGCAUCCUUUACGUCAUCUUGAAGGUUUUCUUCCUGUAGCAAGGGAGGAGUGAGUUGGUCUCCUUUCUGCAGGUGAAAGGGAAGCGAGGAGGGACUGAGGAAUAGUGAGAGAGGGAGAGUCGUUGGGAAUCGAGAGCGGAGAAGAGAGGAGAAGUCUUCGAAAGAUACUUUCGGAAGUAUCUGAUUGCGCAUGCUCGAUGACAUACUGUAAGAAGCUUAGUAAGAAAGUGAAAUUUCAAAAUGAACGGCCCUUCAAAAUUCUUCGUGUGUUGAGUCUGAAGGGUAAGCCUCGCCCUGGUAAAAUGUUGGAGUAAUGAGGCACAGCAAAUCCGGUUAAUUAAAGCGCGUAAGGCCCGACAUGACGAGGCUCAGGCUGUGUCCUUGCUCUGCUCUGCGCUUCUCUGCUCGUCAGAUCUCAGCUGCAACAGCGGCAGCAGAAUCAGAUUUCUUUUGCUGCCAUCCUUGACGAGCCAAAAAGUCCAAAACAUGCUCCUUCACUUUAUCACGAAUUUCCUUGACCUUCUCGGGCGAUUUACCCUUGGGAUCUUCCAGGGGCCAGUCCUCUCGGACCAACCCUGGGACGUACGGGCAAGCUUCACCACACCCCAUGGUGAUGAGGAAAUUCGCAGUGGACGCCAGCUCUUGAGUCAAAAGCUUGGGCUUCUCCUGCGACAUGUCGAUGCCGAGCUCGCCCAUGGCGACAACGCAUUCCGGAUGCACUCUCUCGCCCGGCUGCGUUCCAGCUGACACUCCUCGAGCCUGGCUCGGAUCUGCCAGCAGAUUGAACAUGGCGCAAGCCAUCUGAGACCUUCCGGCAUUGUGGACGCAGGCGAACAGAACUGUCUUCAUCGUGACGUCGGAUGAUGAGAGAGAGGCAGAUGGACGACGAUGGAUCGGUCAACACCACAACAGAAUUGAAGGGAAGAGAUCGAGGAUCUGGCCUCUUACCUCUGAACUCUCUGGACUCUCUGGGCUCUGGAAAGAUCUGCUGAACGAGUAAGGGGCCCGGGUAUUGAAUUUGGAUCGACAAGGCUGCCUCGGCACCUCAAACUUGUGUGGAUGGAUGCCCAACAGGGUCUUGUGGCACGGAAAGGUGAGUGAGCUGUGCUAUUUUAAGCCUCUGGUGCACUCGAGAGCGAACUGGAGCUGAUAGAUCGGCCUCUGGGCACCGGCUUGAGCCGCCCAGCCCGCGCAUUUCAAGGGAAAGCGCAAAGUAUCCACGGAAAGAGGCUCUGCAAUUUCCUGCUCCAGCUUCCGAGGUCGAUGGCUGAUCAUCCAUCCAUCCAUCCCGUAUCGGAUCGGCGAGGCCGGCAAGUGGCCCGUCGUUUCUCCGACAUGACACCCAGGGACGCGACAUGUGCUCGUACCACAUGUGUUUCCCGGCCUCAGUGGCCCCGUGCCAUGCUCGCCCGCUCCAUCUCGUCUCCUAUAUGGUUCCUAUCUACGUCAGGCAGACGCUGCACGCAAGGGGGAUCUUUACUUUCCACUGCCUUCUGUUAAGGUAGAACGAUGGAGGUAUAAAUCAGGCCUUAUUACAAGUGCUGCCUCGGUUUUCCUGUUAAAAGUCCAGUAGUAGACGGAGUACACAAUCUCUCUCUCUCAAGUAUUGAUCUCAAAUCUAGUUUCUCGAGACAAUUACCGAGAGAGAGAGAUUGUGUGCUCCAUCUCCUCUCGGACAUGCCAUAUCCUCUGAUCGGCGAGCAUGUUGAGGCAUCCUUCUCGAAUCGAACAUAAAAUCCCGGGCGAUCGAAGAUAAUGUUUCCAGGUAUGUGAAAUUGGCAAGCGACGAUCAGCUAGUUUUGCUGCCAUUGUUACCCUGCCAGGAUUGAGUGACCUUCAUAACAAGUCGGGCAACUUAUGGAAGAAUGGCUUGUUAUGCAGGUUCCGCUAAUGUUCGGAAGGUAUUCGUGUUUGACCUUUGCUCUCUUGACGCUAACCGUUGCUGUUGUUUUUCUAUGGCCUAAAGCUUGAGCCGAGCAGUGGAGCUGUUACAUGUGUUUAUUUUGGAAAGUGGUGUGACAGGCAUGGAAAAUUAGUCAGAAAUUUGCUCAGAAGAUUGUCUUGUCAGUCGGAAUACAGGAAAUGCUGAAUGGGAUCCAUCCCAAUUCUACAAGCUACAAGUAGAUUUUCGAUUCUUUGUAAGAGCUGGGACUGGUUAAUUUAUGGUGUAUCAUGAAGCGAAUACAUGCCAGAAUAGCCCGCAAUUGAUUGAAUCCAACAUAUCUAUGAAAUUUUGAGCUCAAACUCCGUGCCAGUGUUGGAUUCAAUUGAGGUACACGCUUCAAAGUGAACACUUCGAAGUGAUCAUGUUUGUUUAGAUCUGAUAUCCAUGUGGAGGGGAAUGGGAUGCUUGUAGCAGUCGCAAAAGCAAGUUUUCGGUAUAUUGGAUUGUUUACAAUGCUACCACAGCCCAGAGACUAACUACAUUUAUGGAUGAGAUUGUGUAAAGCGUCAAGUUUUAGUUGCCUCUUUUGUAUCGCUCGUUGGGUACUGCAAAGUCUGCGCACCUGCGAAGUAAGGCGGCUGUGACAAUAAUGCUAAGAAGACGAUCCUGAUCAUUGGUCAGAUAUUAGCUGACCUACAUCCUGGACGACAACCUCUCAGUCUUCCAAAAUCAUGUGGUCUGGAUCUAUAGACGAGCUUGGUCUGAGACUGGGCAUUCGUUUUCUUCAGCAUGAUUUUCUGAUGGACUGAGGUUUCUGAACUGGUGUUGUCAG